AUACGCCAUUUUAUGUAAGGGACUUGAGCAUUUGAGGACUUUGGUAUCCUGAGCAGGGUCUUGGAACCAAUCCCCCUCGGAUACUGAGGGACAACUAAUUUAUCAGCCAAGGUGAAACAUCGAAGGAUUUCCACCAAAGUGUGGAAUGAUCAGAUUUGUGUUUUUGAAAGCUAACUUCAGUAUAUCUUUGCACCGAAGGCAGGAGGCCAGCUUGCAGGCUGUUAGUCCAGACAAAGUGUGGUCCUGGACUGGCAUCACCAGCAUCAGCUGGGAACUUGUUAGAAAUGCACAUUCUCAGGCCCCGCUCUAGACCUAAUGAAUCAGAAACUCUGCAGUGGGACUCAAGCAGUCUGUGUUUUAACAAGCCCUCCAGAUGAUUCUGAUGCACCUCAAAUUUGAAAAACACUGCUCUGGAGUCUAUACCAGGACCUACUCUUCAAGAGCCACAUAGAUGAGGUGGAUAGACCACCAGAAAACUGAAACCUGGGAAGAGAAGCUCUCUAAAAAGGGAAGAGAAUUCUUGCUUCCAAACCAUUAGGUUCUAAACUGUGAUAAUCCCUGAACUAGGACAUAUCUAAGGACGUGAGAUAUCAAAGAGUAAAGGACAAGAGGGAGAAAGUGGACCUACUGGCUGAGAAGGAGCCUUAGGAAAACCAUAGGACCCAUAAAUCAAGUCCCUAAUCAAAUCUCUAUUUCAUCCCUAAUGGGAUAAUGACCAUUCCCAUUUGCCCUCUGGCUAAGUGUAUGGAUGUAGUUGAAGCCAACACUUUCACCAUUCCUCUAAGACUUUUUGGAAUGACAGAAUUCUGUUUCUAUGACCUACAUUCUUUGAAGGGAAUGCCUAUAGUGUGGAAAGAGCAUGUAGCAAGCCCUUUUAACAGUCUGGGUCUUGGUUUCCCCAGACCAAAAAGAAAAUUGAAAUAGAUCAUCUUUAAGACCGUAUGAAGCUGUGUUUUCCUAUUAAGAGUGGGGCCGAACUAGGUAUAGUAAAAAGAGACUUGUUUUGGCUUCUUCCCGGAGACAGAGUACUCAUCUGGGAGGCUUCCUGAGGCUCUUGGAAAGGUAAAUAAAGACGGGUUGCGUGGCUGGCAUUAACCCAGCUCCACAUGGCACCAAAAUGAGACCACGGGUGGAGAGGCCACCUUUCCCUUUUUUGGGAGGAUGGGGGAUGGGGAACCAGCAUGGAGCCACAAAGGUUUCCGGCUCUGAAGCCCUGCCCCGGCUCAGAGCUUUCUGGCAAAAACCCUGUUCUGCGUUCCAGGCCUCCGCAAGCAGGAUGCUCAUGUGCCGCUCCCCUUCUCCCCUCCGCGGGGGCCUCUCCGCAGGACACACCCUCCCUGCUGCCUUUCUUUCUUUUUUUUUUAAUAAAAUCACAACUCAAAUUCGGCUAUUUUUCUCGUUUUGCCAGCCCCGCCAAAACUUUCAGCGAGUUCCGCCCACUCCACGUGGACCUCCCUUCCCUGGCCCAGCAACCUCUGCGAGGACCCCACCCCCAACACGUGACCAAUUGUUAUAUUUCCUUCUUGGGGUCCUUUUUCGCUGGCACCAACUAACGACUGAACAAAAGUGCCCCCUUCAGGGUGAAUGUGGAGCCGCAGCCUGGGGAGGAGAGGAAAGUUGACUGAGGACUGGAGUACAAUAGGGGAACGUGACUGCCUCUGCUUAAAAUGAUUUCAAAACCGUAACUCCCUGGUUAAUAACUUUAAGGAUAAUACAAUUAAAAGAUGAGGCAGCUUUUGCGGUAAGCGGCCUGAGGUGACCUCUAAAAAUGGUUCGCUAUUUACUUGACCCAGAAAACCCCACAAAAUCAUGCAAGUCAAGAGGUUCAAAUCUUCGUGUUCACUUUAAGAACACUCGUGAAACUGCCCAGGCCAUUAAGGGUAUGCAUAUCCGAAAAGCCACCAAGUAUCUGAAGGAUGUCACUUUAAAGAAGCAAUGUGUGCCAUUCCGUCCUUACAAUGGUGGAGUUGGUAGGUGUGCCCAGGCCAAACAGUGGGGCUGGACGCGGGGUCGGUGGCCCAAAAAGAGUGCUGAAUUUUUACUGCACAUGCUCAAAAAUGCAGAGAGUAAUGCUGAACUUAAGGGCUUAGAUGUAGAUUCCCUGGUCAUUGAGCAUAUCCAGGUGAACAAAGCCCCCAAGAUGCGGCGCAGGACUUACAGAGCUCAUGGUCGGAUCAACCCAUACAUGAGCUCUCCCUGCCACAUUGAGAUGAUCCUUACUGAAGAAGAACAGAUUGCUCCUAAACCAGAAGAGGAGGUUGCCCAGAAGAAAAAGAUAUCCCAGAAGAAAUUGAAAAAACAAAAACUUAUGGCCCGGGAAUAAAUGCUGCAAAAAAUAAAUGCAAAUAAAAGUAAAA